AUGAAUAUUAGUAGAUCCAUUAUAGCUGCUCACAGCUACGUGACUAUUUCGAAAAGGUAUUUUUCUGCUUCUGUCAAGAAUUUCAACAAAAAUGUACCGACUUAUAAAAUUGCCAUAGUUGGAACUGGUCCAGCUGGAUUCUACACUGCCCACCAUUUACUUCAUAAGGCAGCACCAUUAGAUCAAUUCAAAUUAAAGGUUGACUUUUUUGAGCGUCUACCUGCUCCAUAUGGAUUAAGUAGAUAUGGUGUUGCCCCAGAUCAUCCUGAAGUCAAAAACUGUGAAGAUUAUCUUAAUAACAUAAUGCAAGAUUAUCCUGCUAAAAAAGAUAAUAACACGGAAAAUAAAAAUCACGAAGUUAGAUUUUUUGGUAAUAUCAACAUUGGCGAGGACAUUACACUUGAAGAACUCGAAUCUAGUUAUCAUUCAAUCAUAUUAUCUUACGGUUGUACGUCUGAUGAUAACCAGUUGAAUAUUCCUGGCGCACAGCUUCCAGGAGUUAUUGCCGCCCGUGAAUUUGUACAUUGGUAUAAUGGGCACCCUGAUUAUCAUUCUGCAGAUACCCAAUUUAUUCCACCUCAACUAGAUAAAAUUGAGGAUGUUACAAUUAUUGGGAACGGAAAUGUUGCCUUAGAUGUAGCUAGAAUAUUGUUGGCUGAACCGCAAAAACAUUGGUCUUCUACUGAUAUAUCGAAGGAAGCUUUAGAAGCGUUAUUUAAGAGCAGCGUUAAGAACGUUAACAUUGUUGCAAGACGUGGGAUCCUCGAAUCUGCGUUUUCAAACAAAGAGAUAAGAGAAUUACUAGAGUUAUCCAAGGAUCAAAAGGUGAGGUUCUUACCAAUCGAAGAUUCUAUUAUGGAGAGUAUUCAACCUAUGGUUAAUAAUUUAGGAAGAAUAGAUAAAAGGCGUGUAGCAUUGUUAGAGAAAUAUUCUAAACAGUCUCCUGAAGUGGAUAGUUCAAUGAAAACUUGGUCUUUGAAAUACUUAAGAACUCCAGUUGAAUUUACCGUCAAUGAGAGUUCUCCGGAUCUACUCUUGUCAACAAGAUUUCAGAAAAAUGAAUUAAUUCAAGACCUGUUAACCAAUAAAAUUCAAAUUAAGCCUAUUGCAGGAGAAUUCGAAACUAUAAAAAAUGAAUUAGUCAUCUUGUCUAUAGGUUAUAAGGGAUCACCCCUUGUUGGAUUUGAAGAAGCUGAAAUAUCUUUUGAUACUCAUCACAAUAGAUUGUUGAAUAAAGAAGGUCGCAUUUUAUCAACAUCAGCAUCUGGUGAAGAUCUGCAUAAUUUAAUCUAUAAAAGAGGUUGGUAUACUUCAGGAUGGAUUAAAAAUGGCCCUAAAGGUGUUAUUGCUACAACAAUGAUGGAAUCAUUUGAGACUGCUGAUAAUGUAUUAGAAGAUUUAUCAAAUAGUAUUCAUACGAAUCCAUUAUCCGACUCUACUUCAUUAGAAGAAAGAUUAAAAGCUAAACCAGCUGUAAGUUGGGAGGAUUGGUUGAAAUUAGAGCAAUUAGAGCUAAAUAAUGGCACUAAAUUUGGGAAAUCAAGAGAUAAACUUUCUAAUACUGCUGAAAUGCUCAAAGUUGCAUGUAAAUAG